GAGAGAGAGAGAGAGAGAGAGAGAGAGAGAGAUUCAUUCACAGACGCCAGGGGGAAAAGUGCUAACCGAGAGCAGUGGAGGUGAGCUCGAUAAGGGCUGGAGACCCAAAGAAGAGAAGAUUCAGAACUUCAACUCAUCGACACAUUUAGAAAGAUGCUCUGUCCUUCCUGGCUUUUGGCUGCAGCAGUCUUGUGUUUUCACAGCCCAUAUGUAGACGGCCGCUGCCUGGAUUUGAUAGACUGCAUGGGCCUUAAAUCUAAUGAGCAAAGAUUGCAGUGUGUCAGGCAGUGCAGAUCUGCGCAAGAAUCCUCCAAUUACGGAAGUGUGUCUUCAUCUGAACAGCCGAACAGUGAAGAAGAGGUUGAGAAAGAGAGUCUCAGUUUGGGCCUGCUCUUAUCUGCUCUGUCUCCUGACUCGAUCGCGCUUCAAGACCCCAAUGGAGAAAGCCCUCGCAAUGACGAGAGGAGGUCUUACUCCAUGGAGCACUUCCGCUGGGGUAAACCCAUGGGCCGCAAGCGUCGACCAGUCAAAGUCUUUACUAACGGCGCUCUGGAGGAGGAGCCGGUGGAACCAGAGGAGUUGGAGGAAAGCAUCCGGGUGGAGCGAGGGCAGGGCGGCACGCUCAAUGUUCAAAACAGGAACAAUGUAAAGAACAAAGGGAAGUAUCGAAUGACCCACUUCCGCUGGAACGCACCACGUGACAAGCGCUAUGGAGGCUUCAUGAGGCCCUUUCCGGUGUGGUGAAGAGAUGAGUCCUACCGUAGAGAUGAGUCCCAGCUUAGGACCCAAGCAAUCCGAUUGGUUCAAAGCACGUUUUAUGGGUAAUCGCUUUAGUGCCUGGUUAC